AUAAAAUGUCAGCUAUGGCUGCAGGUGCUCAUCUUGAACAUCAGAGGAUAAACUUGUACACAGAGCUUCAGAGAGUUGAAGUGGGGACUGAGGAUAAACGAAUUUUAAAGCAUAUGCUGGUUGGUAUUCUGAACCUGAAGAAUGGAAUGAAAGAUAACAUCCAUCUCCUUAACCAAGAAAUCAAUGUCAAGAAAGGGAAAAGGGAGAAGACAGAAGAAGAGGAGAAAAAAGAGAAGCAGAGGGAAGGAGAGGAAGAGAUGGAAGGGGAGGGGGAGAAGGAAGAAGAGGAGUGGAAGGGGCUUAAUGAAGUACUUCUUGCUGCCCAGCAACAUAUUGACUCCAUUAGCUCAAUGUAUACACUGGGAGUAUCCUGCCUCAAAGAGGAAACUGAAAAUUCUCCAAAUAUCAUUCAAGUGGAAGAUUGCUGUGAUGAGGAUGAAAACAUGAAUCUGGAGAAUUAUGAAGACCUGGAGAAUCCUGCAGAGAAGAAGAAUAAGAAGAUCUCUGAGAACAAUGAACAAGAAGAAGAGAUUGUUGUCAAAGAGGAACCUGAAGAUGGAGUUAAAGAACGUGAGAAAACAGUGCCAAGGAAUCUUGCAAGGGGAAAAUACUCGUGUGAUCAAUGUGAAUAUUCUGGGGCGGAAGCUGAUAGUUUAAAUCAGCACAAAAAGAGUGAACACGGUAAAAAGUAUUCUUGUGAUCAGUGUAAAUACAAAGGCGUUAAAGAAGUAGAUCUAAAAAGACACACGCAAAGUAAACAUGUAAAAAUAAAUACGAAUGGAGGUUUGAGGUAUCCUUGUGAUGAAUGUAAUUAUGAAGGUGCUGAAUUGUCCGAUUUAAACAAUCACAAACAGAGUAAACACGUUAAAAAGUAUUCUUGUGAUCAGUGUGGAUAUGAAGGUGCUAAAAAAUUAGAUUUAAAACAACACAAGCGAAGGCAUCAUGGAAAAGCGAAAAAGAACAAAGUUUUUAUAUAUUCUUGUGAUCAGUGUAAUUAUAAAGGUGCUAAAGAAGUAGAUCUAAACAGCCACAAACAGAGUAAACACAUUAAAACGUAUUCUUGUAAUCAAUGUGAUUAUGAAUGCGCAGCAUUGUUAGAUUUAAACAAUCACACACAGAGUAAGCAUGGAGAAAAGACUUCAUCUGCAUUGCAUUACAUUGCAUUGUUAUUAAAUUCUUGUAACCAAUGCGACUAUGUGGGCGUUACAAUAUCAGAUUUACAUCAGCACACACAAGAUAAACACGAUACCAAGUAUUCUUGUGAUCAAUGUAACUAUAAAGGUGAUGAACUAUUCGACUUAAACCAACACAAAAAAGAUAAACACAAUAACAAGUAUUCUUGUGGUAAGUGUAAUUAUGAAGGUGCUAAAUUAUCAGAUUUAAACAAUCACAAACAGAGUAAACACGUUAAAAAGUAUUCAUGUGAUCAGUGUGGAUAUAAAGGUGUUGAAGAAGUAGAUCUAAACAUGCACAAGCAAAUUAAACAUGGUAAAACGAUCACGAAUGCAGGGUUGAGGUAUCCUUGUGAUGAAUGUAAUUAUAAAGGUGCCGAACUAUCCGCUUUAAACAUGCACAAACAAGAUAAGCACAGGAAGAGCAUUCUUCAUAAUGUACAACGUAAGCGGGUGCAUUGUGAUGAGUGUGAAUUCUCUGGAACUCGCCGGUGCGUUCUAUCAGAACACAUGAAGAGGAAACAUGAGCAGGCGCCAGGUGGCCCAGGGAAGAGAAUAAAGCUUGAAAAAGACAAAGAGAGUAAAGAAGAAAAAGUUAAAAUAAAAAAAGAAAAUUAAAUAAUUUAG